CACCGCUUGUGUGUGGGCGCGCGUGUGUGUGAAGGCCUUGCCAGCCAGCCUCCCCUUCAAUCAAUUCUCCCGUGCGUGUGUUUUAACUUUAGGACAUAUCAGCCAUUCCAUUGCAAGAUGUCCCCUCUCAAAUCCAAACCAUCCUUCGGAAGGUUGAGGACGAAGAGCUUGUCUGAGGCUGACGUCCCUUCGCCGACAACCCCCACUUCACCAUUGAGUCCGGUGUCUCUAAAGUCUUCAAAAUCAUAUGGGAAGUUGAGAAAGAAGAAAAUUCCUACUGAGAUCGUUCCACCUCUCCCCCCUCUUCCAAGCAGCCCUACCACCCCGACCACACCCAAAACCCCGUUCCUCAAAGCCAAAUCAUCACUCGGGAAACUGAGAGGAAAAGCCGCGUCCCAAGAGGAUGUGCCUCCACUCCCCCCAAUGCCCGCAGAAUUUGCGACAGGGAUGAGCCCAACAUACAUAUCCCAGUGGGUAAGUAACGUGAACCGCCUCUCUAAAAAAGAGCGGGACAGAGCUGUUCUCACUGCUUCCGCUGUGGACCACAACCUUUCCGCUGGAGACAACUACGACUUGUAUGAUACUCUUAAGGCUUUCAAAGAACAGGAUAGUCUACGGAGUGAUAUUACAGAGAUGGCAGCUACAUCUGCACGUGCUGCCGAUUAUUACUGCCCAGUAGUCGAAGACCCACGGGUCGACGACACCAAGGUUGAAGAUCCAAGGAUGGAAGAAAUUAGGGCUCGAGCUAAGAAGUCUGGAGAGGAGUUGCCCAAGGGGCUUAAUAUUGUUCCAUGGCCCGCAGGAGAUUCCCCUCCUAAUACACCUGGAAGUGAUACUUCGAGAAUACCAACAGCUCCUAAGAGUCCGAUAACGCCCACUCCGGCAUCAAUCACACAAGCUGAAUCUUCAGCAGCAAAGAAUCCCCGCAAGAACGAACGGCGCUUCUCUGCACCAGUCCGACCAUCCUCACCACGAAGCAGAGCCUUGUACGAAGAACUUCUGGAAAUGGUUGAUGAUCUUACCGUGGAAAUUCAAAAAGAGGAACUCGUACCUAAGCUUGAAGCGGCCGUCGAAGCUGCCUCUCGUGUGCUCGACAUGGCAAAUGAAGAGUUUGAGAGAUUCUACUCUCUCUCUCAACCAGCAAAUACACACGAGCGUAUGGAGCCUUUCCGGAAUAGUGGGACAUAUCCUCAACGGGAGAGCGUUGAUCUUCCAGCGUCCGGAAAAGCCAUCAUCUUCUAGAUUUAACGAAACAACUAUAUCUAAUUCACCACCAAAACAAUCCGCAUUAGCAGUAAAUCUAGAUGCUGCCAC